GCCCCAAAUGUUAACCCCUUCCUGCCCAGUGCCAUUAGUACAGUGUCACUGCUUUUUAUUAGCACUGAUCACUGUAUUGGUGUCACAUGUCAGUGAUACCAAGUCAGUACCCCCCCAGUGUCAGAAUGUACAGCGGUUGAAACAUCUGUAUCCUAAAUGGAAACUAAUAGAUACAAUAAAAAACCGCUGUACAUGUGUUCCUUCUGUCAGAGAACUGUCCGAAAUAGCGGAGCUCUAGUAUUGGGAUUUUUAGCAAAGAUGUAGCAGAAUACAUUUUGC